GGUUUCUAAGGCGGCGUGUUUAUGUAAAUAAGCCCCACAGAGCAGGUCUGAAACUCCUCAGGACCUGUCAGAUCUAGCCAAAUACCUGUCUAUUUCCGCCACCCGAAGACAAAGAUUCCAUCCCCGAAGACCCACGGAGAGCGACGAUGUUGCACUUAGGCGUGUCGCCAGGGAAUCGUCGGACGUACGUCCGUGCGCAGGACAGACUUCGCUACCUAAUGUACUCCACGAAGAUGGACGAUCUUCACCAGCACGACUUCGAACACCUGCCCUUCAUAGAAUGGGUCGUACAUCACCCCAUGAGUGUCGAGCACCAGGCCAUCUUACUCCGCCAUCACAGUACCCUGGUGAGGGAACUCAACACGCUCAAGCCUUCUAGACUCUUCAGCUUUCUUAUCGGGAGGAAAGUUCUCAACUUCCAAGACGAAGCAGUCAUACUACAUAGAAAGAGUUCCGAGUUUGCAGUGAACGCAGCUUUUCUCCACAUACUGAAACUGAAAGGAGACCGCGCCUUCAAGGCGUUCUGUGACGGACUGAGAUCGCGGUGUGGGGCUCACCAGGGGUACCUGGCUGAACUACUGGAGGGCACGAUAGGGGAAAAUAUGUCAGAUCUCAUAGACAUCUUCAAGAUCGUGUCUUAUCACGUGGCUCUCGCGAGACCUCUCGGUUGGGCCGCGCUGCCGCGAGACUUGGGCGUACCUGUGAGAGUGAUCGAGUCGUGUAAACGGGAGAACAGACUGGGGUCCCACCGCCUGGUGCACUGCCUGAUCCGCUGGAUGGACUGUCGCACGGACGCCGAGAGACUCCUGGACGAGCUGGUCAACUCGCUCUACAGACUCAACCUCGGAUACGUCGCAACUGGUGUGGAAGCGCUGAGAGUGACCAUGCCACAGGAGGGCGAGAGUGAGACCUCCGAGCUGACCGCCGCGGACAUCCCCGUGGUCAAGACCACCGUCCACACCAAGGUGCCCGGGUCAGAGGUCGCAGACAGCGUCAUGACAGAAGAAGACGUCAGUUUGGACAAGAGUGAGCUCGUAGACGGCCGAUCCAACGGGAGAAGAAGCGUUGUGAGAAGCGAAAACAGUUCGGGGCAGAGCCGAACAGCUUCGGCAGACACCGGAGUCCACGUCGGGUCCAGUCGGUCGGCGUCGGCACAAACCGGGGGAUACUUCGGGCCCACUCGGUCCCGAACGCUGCAUCCCGUAAAAGGAGGAGCCUCGGGUUUUAGGAAAGGUUUUGAGAAGCGACAAGUUCAGACGCCGGAUUCAGGCGUGGCUAUGUCAGUGGAAGCGAACUAAUACUCUCUAUAUAUGUACAUAGUUAUGUACAUGUUGUAUAUAGGUGGGCUGUUUUAAACGACAAGAAAGAAAGACAGACUCCAGCGAUUGGUCAACGUACCAGGAAGAAUAUGUCGCCCCCCGUCCCUCCCUGUCUAGCGAUGAUUAUAAUUUUGUCACCACGGAAUACAAUUACGACUUCACAAAAACAAGGACCAUGACAGUUACAGUCUAGAUAUCUCAACUAUAGUUUACCCUAUUUUCGUUAACCGACUGGAACUAAGAAUCAUUUCAUUCUUUUUUUAUUGUGCGCAGUUGUAAGAAGCAAAGUAAAUAUAUCAUUUUUGAUAUGAUACGGUGAAAGUUUGUACCCUUGGAAAGAAGCCAUCCUAAAGCUAUACCUAGCAUGACUGAGCUGGUAUGUAUGCAGUGGAAGCACGCCCUCUGGUGACACUGAGCGUAGAUACAACUAGUGUACUGACAAAAGUAUACAUUGUAAGAAACCACUACAUUGCCUAUGGCAAUACAGGGUGUUCAUACAAUUGUAUUAGAUGUAGCAAACUCCAUAAAUAGCAUAAAAAACACAGCGAAUUCAUAGUGGAAAUACAUGUGUAUAUGGUAUUGCGUUUAGGUCAUGAACAUAUCAUGUGUAUUUUUGUAUUUUUUAUGUACGAUGUGAAUAGCAUUUGUGGAAAAACAAGUCAUUGGUGUAUAACCAGAGUAUCAUCCAAUAGUUUACUGGGGCUUCCAUUCCGUACUCCAUCUUCAUUAAUGCUGGGAGCCCCGGUAAAAUAAAUUCUGAUGGUACUCAGGCCAAAUGGUGUAUACAUGUCUUUGCACCAGUACUUUGUGUCUCUGUAUACUAGUAGAUAAUAUGUUAUAUGUUACAUCAGCGUUAUCUAAGAGCUUUUGUUGUGUGCGUUCAAAUAAAGACAACAAAUAUAACAUUUGCACUCA